GGACAGGACGCAAAGAUGAACUACGGCUGGGACUCUCUGGGUGGCUCCCCGUACCGCAAGGUGUCGGUGGACCCUUCCCGCAGCCUGUCCCGCAGUCUGGGCUACUCGGCUCCCGGAUUCCGCACCCAGACCUGGUCCAGGGGCAACACCAGCGUCAACUCGUCCUACAAGCGGAGCAGCCUGUCCGCUGCUCCCCGGGGCUACAGCCCGGCGGCGGCGGCGGGAGGGGGAGGGGGAGUGGGGGCGCACAGAGCCUCGGACAGCGCGGAGCUGUGCCCCUCCGCUCUGUACCACGAAGACUACCGAAUCAACGAGAAGCAGCAGAUGCAGGGGCUGAACGACCGCUUCGCCGGCUACAUCGACAAGGUCCGGCACCUGGAGCAGCAGAACAAGGGCCUGGAGGCGGAGAUCGUGGAGCUGAGGCAGAAGCAGACCUCCCCCUCCCGCCUGGCCGGCAUCUACGAGCCCGAGCUGCGGGAGCUCCGGCAGCUGAUCCAGGACGUGGACGGCCAGAAGGCGCAGACGCUGCUGGAGCGCGAGCACCUGGAGGAGGACCUGCAGCAGCUGAGGGGCAAAUGCGACGACGAGGCGCGGGUCCGGGACGAGGCGGAGACCUGCCUCCGGGUCUUCAAGAAGGAGCGGGACGACUGCCGGCUGGUCCGGCUGGAGCUGGAGAAGAAAGCCCAGGCGCUGGCCGACGAGGUGGCCUUCCUGAAGAAGAACCACGAGGAAGAGGUGGGCGACCUGUUCGCCCAGGUCCAAGCCUCGCAGGUCGGCUUCGAGCUGAAGGAGUUCGCGAAGCCCGACCUGACGGCGGCGCUGAGGGAGAUCCGGGCCAAACUGGAGGGCUACACCAGCUCCAACCUGCAGCAGACCGAGGAGUGGUUCCGCUCCCGGGUGGCCAAGCUCAGCCAGGCGGCCGAGGUCAACAACGAAGCCCUCCAGACCACCCGCCAGGAGAUCACCGAGUACCGCCGGCAGCUCCAGAGCAAGAGCAUCGAGCUGGAGACCGUGCGGGGCACCAAGGAGUCGCUGGAGAAGCAGCUGAACGACAUCGAGGAGAGGCACGAUGCUGAGCUGUCACAGUUCCAGGAUACCAUUCAACAAUUGGAAAACGAGCUUAAAAAUACAAAGUGGGAGAUGGCCCAUCACUUGAGAGAGUAUCAAGAUCUACUGAACGUCAAAAUGGCUUUAGAUGUAGAAAUCGCCUCUUACAGGAAACUCCUUGAAGGUGAAGAGACAAGAUUUGGCUCAAUUACUGGUGGCUACACUCCUCCAUCAUAUACCUUCAAACAGCCCCAAUCUAUGGCGCAUUCAGUUUACGUAACAGCUAAGACCAAGUUUAACCCCACAAAGAUCACACCUCAGUAUAAAUUUGUAGAAGAAAUUAUAAGUGAAACAACGAAGGAGGUUGAUAUGGCUGAGAUUGAAGACGUUGACUUCAAAGCCAUGUCUGAUGAUGCCUCUGGUGAGAAGUCUGAGGAGGAGCAGACUAAACAUGAAGAGGAUGAUGAUGGGGAAAAGGACGAGGCAACAACAGCUGAGGCCUCAGAUGAAGAGGGAACAGAUGAAACAAAGGAAGAGACCACAGGAAAAGAAGAAGGGGAAGAGGAAGAAGAUGCUGGGGAAGAAGAUACUGAGGAAACAAAAGAGGAGGGUCAAGAAGAAGAAACCAGUGAAACAAAGGGGGAGACAGAAGAAGAAUCUGAAUCAAAAGGAGAGCCUCAGAAGGGAGAAACUACUGAAAGAAAACCAGGAACUGAAAGUGACGAGGAAGCAGCGACUGAGGAAGACCAGGGAGACUCAGGAGAUGCUACAGAGAAAGGAGAUUCCAAGGAUCAGGAAGGAGAUAAACAAGCAGAGGAGUCAAAAGAAGCAACUAGAACCCCAAAGGCUGAACCUGGGUCACCUGCUGAAGAAAAGGUAGAGGAAAGCAAAAGUAAAGCACAGCUGGCUAAACCAGAGGAAGAGCCUCCAAAAGCAAAGGAAACCUCAAAAGCAAACGAGAAAGAACCUCCUCCUAAAGAGCCGGCAACAACAGAAAGCAAAGCCCAGAAAGGUCAGGUCGAAAAAGAACAAGGAGCCGAGGAAACAAAAGUGACCGAAUCUUCUGGGAAAAGCGAGCCGUCCAAAGAGGAAUCAAAAGAAGAAAAAGUUGAAGAAAAGUCUGAUAUUCCUGGAAAUAAGAGCAAAGAAGAGAAAAAGGACAGCGAAGGAUCAAAAGUGGAGGAAAAGAAACCUGAUAAAGACGAAGGCAAGAAGGAAGACAGCAAGGAUAGUAAAGAAAGUGAGGAAAAGCCGAUGAAGGUCUCAGAACCAGAGAAAGUGAAGCAAACACCUGCGAGUGACACCAAACUUGAAAGCAAGACCACCCAGUCUAUUGGCCACACAGUAUCUGAGCUCAUUACAAAUGGUUUAGACACAAGCAUGGAGAAAGAGGAAAAGGAAGUCAAAAGCGAGAAGAAGGUGACAAAAGGUUUGACAGAGGACGUACAGACGAUUGUGGUGGAGGAAACCGUCCGAAGCAAGCAAGAGACAACGGUGAUGUCAGUUACAAACACAGUGAAAAGAGAGGCCAUCGAAGAAACAAAGGUGACGUUGAAAAAGGAAGAAAAGUUAGUAACAGCUUCAUUAGACACCAAAGGUGAUGCCAAAGAAAGUAAAUAAAUAAGAACCAACUGAGUAGGUCAAAUCAUAAGAAAUGCAUGUUAACACGGCAAAAGUCUGGGGCUUUAGCAAUCUGAGAACAUAGAAAUGAAAUAUAUGUUUGUGGAAUAGAAAAUAUGGCAUUUUCUCAGGGGAAUAAUUUCAGUUUAAUUUAUCGCUGCAUGAAUAAUUGCACAACUAAACGUUGCCAAUGGGAUGACUGCAAAUGUAUUUGACUUUGCAAAAUAGCUUUGAUGUCUAGGAAAUCAAAUGCAACAGAAAAAGCCUUAACUUUCCUGUUGAUUUUAAUAUAUUAAUUCAAUAGAUGCGCAUAAAGUAAUCAGAAAUGAACACUUUUCGGUCCACUGAUUAGACCACUGUUACAUGUUGCUGCAAAUAUAAUCAAUGAAUAAGUAGCAACCGAUGUUUCCAUUCACAAAUAAAUGCACUUUGUCAAAGAAAA